CGUCUUCCGUCGAGAGAAACAACUUUGAAGUUGUAAAAACGUCCCGGCUUGUAUUUUGAUACAAUUCAUAUUUUCCCCAAAAAUAUGGGCACGAUCCAAACCGUGCAUUGACUAAUCUCGCGUUGACUUUGGGAUCGGUUUAAUCUUUAAGAGACGGAAGCGACGAUUGUUAUUUGACCAGGGAAUCUACCUUUUCUCUUAGCCAUUGUGUAGCCACGGGGCUAGCACAUUAGUAGCUGCAGAAAACAAAACAAAAAAAAACGCCAAUCGCUUUUUGCAGAUGGAGGGCAAAAAAGUCGCAGCUCCUUCUUCACCACAACGGAUCGAUACAGCGUCCGCAUUACUGAAGACGCCGCACCGAUCCGCCUGUCGAGCUCUCGAUCCACUCUUCCCUCAUUCGUGAACAAGACUCCGAGGUACUUGAAAACCUCCACUUGGGGCAAGAACUCCUCCCCAACCCGGAGAUGGCACUCCACCCUUUUCCAGGCGAGAACCAUGGACUCGGACUUGGAGGUGCUGAUUCUCGUCCUAGUCGCUUCGCACUCGGCUGCGAACUGAUCCAGUGAGAGCUGAAGAUCCUGGCCAGAUGAAGCCAUCAGGACCACAUCAUCUGCAAAUAGCAGAGACCUAAUCCUGCAGCCACCAAAACCAGAACCCCUCAACGCCUUGACUGCGCCUAGAAAUUCUGUCCAUAAAAGUUAUGAAAUGGUACUAUCCUAAAAUAAUGCAAUAGCUAGUCUGAUUCUUUUCCUUCUCUCCUCGCAGCCAUGCACACCCUGAAGCUGAUCUCCGCGACUGAUCCGCAGUAUUCCACCACCCUGCUCACGUCUCUGAACGAGCAACGAAACAACGGAACGUUCUGCGACGUAACCAUCAUCAUCCAGGACAAGAAGUUCCGCGCCCACAAGACAAUCCUCUCUGCGUCGAGUACAUAUUUCCACCAGCUCUUCGUGGUGGCCGGGCAGGUCAUAGAGCUCAACUUCCUCCGAGCGGAGAUCUUCGAGCACAUACUUAACUUCAUUUACAGCUCCAAGAUCGCACGGAUUCGCUCGGACAUGUUGGAGGAGCUCAUCUUGGCCGGGCAGACGCUCGGGAUCAACUUCAUUGCCAAGUUGGCCAAGCCGCUCUCGCGAGUCAAAGGUCUGCCCGGUUUGUCCAAGGAGGACGAAACCCGGGGCGAAGGGUCGUCGGAGAUGGUGAUGCCCAUCAUCUCGGAGUCCUUCUCAAUAUCCGCGGAGGAGUUCAGCAAACCGGUGGAUGAAGACGACGACGACGUCAUGUUUGUCUCGCAGACGGACCCGAAAUCCAGGGUAUCGGGGGAUGUCAUCGAUUUGGAAAUGGAUUCAGUCGAGAAGGAGCCGAGCAAAGAAUCUAAAGAACCAAAAGCAGGAGAUCCAAAGCUUCCCGACAGUCCGGCCAACAACACCAAUUCCCCUGCCAAGGUGUCGUCUGGAAGUACUCUCGGCGUCAUACCCGAACUCCAGACUGCCUCUCAGUCGUGUGGAAGCAGCGCGGCAAAGGGGGACACCGCGGACAUAACUGGAGUCCAAAAAAAGCACGUUUUUUCUUCACCUCAGCAAGGGGAUUCCAAAAUCAGGCUGCUGGACGUCUCGAAAAAAACCGUGGUCAAACCUGCGACGGUCACCAAAAAGACGGUGACGCUCAAUGCAGCCACGGAAAUCGAUUCCAUUUCUCCCAACUGUAAAGUUUACGCCAACAUCGGCGAGAACACCUACGAUAUCGUGCCGGUGAAGGAGGAUCCAGGAGAAGGCGGCUCCAAAUCCAGCAAAGUGAAGCGAGCCAUAGCGGAAAUACCCGAGAACCUGAAGUCCGGACCUAACAAGAAGAAGUCCAAAUCAGAGCCGGACGACCACUACGAGCUUAUCAUGGAUGGCAAGACCUUCUUUGUGUGCAUGGUGUGCAAGCGGCCCUACGUGUGCCUCACCAGCCUCCGCCGCCACUUCAACACGCACUCGUGGGAAAAGAAAUACCCGUGCCGCUACUGCGACAAAGUCUUCGCCUUGGCCGAGUACAGGACUAAACACGAAAUCCAGCACACGGGUGAGCGGCGCUACCAGUGCUUGGUGUGCCACGAGACCUUCGUCAGCUACCAGAUGCUGUCCAACCACUGCAAGCAGGUCCACAACCAGGACCCGAGCGGCAGGAAGGCCAAAGACGGCGAGGAGAACCUCUACCGCCUGCUGCCCUGCAAGCCGGUCCAGAUGAAGCCGUAUUCGUGGAGCACGGAAGGAGCCGCCGUCCCGUUCAUCUCAGAGGACGGCAGCAUGCACCAAGGUCCCCAGGGCCACGAGGACGCCGUCCACCCGUCCCCUCAGAGCCGCAUGUUGAACUGGAACGACAUUUUCGCCGAGUCCGAGGAGCAAAUGCUGAUCGGCGGGCAAGGACGGCCGCUCAUGAACACUCGUCCUCCUCAGGGGAAGUCGGAAUACGUUUUCACUAUUCCCGAGACGUAUUGAGAUACGCUGAUUACCCCCUGCCCCCAUCACACUUGUGCCUUCUAUGGGGCCCCUUGCUUUGGACUUCUUCCUUUUUCUCCCUAAUGUUGGUCCAGAUAAGUGAAUGUUGACUCAACUCAAACAAGACUUUCCAUUUUGUCCCUUUCUUUGGAGGGAAGGAUUAAUGAUGGUGAUGACGCCCAAGUAUGGACCUUUUAGCCGACAACAAGAUGGCAUUUGUUCAGUAAAACAGAAAGCACUGCAAAUUACAGCAACUAAAACUGUAUCCUAGGACUUUUUAACAACAAUGUGGUUUCUGUACGACAACAUUGCUGAAGGCUUCAGUUUAAGCCAGGGGUGUUCAAACUUUGUAAUCAGGGACGUGCAUUGAGUGAGGCACCAGCCUCUUUAAAGUGGACCUUUUUAAUGAUUUUAAUUAAAUCCAUUUGUAUUUAUUCAGGAUAGCCCCCUUGAGAUGCAGCAUCUCAUUUUCAAGUGGGUCCUACAUAACUUCCUUUUGGUUCAGAUAACAUGUAUUGCAUAUGCUUUGGUCUAAAUUCUGCGUACAUUUUUACCCCAGAGACACUUUUACAACCCGUUUCCGGAGGCUUUCCGAGAUCAAAAAUGAAACCACGCCUCACACACUCCGAAAGAAUCAAUUUAUCUAUUUGAAAAUGUACACUGUUUAAAUAUAUACAGUAUAUCUUGAAGUCGCCACCGCUACUUUUUUUUCCCUGACACGGUCGGAAAUAAACUUAGUAAACAUUAUACAGAUUUACCCGGUCACAACACUAGGUACACCUGCUUUUUUCACUGUGUUCACUUUCAAGCACAAUUCAUAGUCAUUGGUUUAAUUACCUCACGUUGUCCACAAAGUGAUAAAAGACAAAAUUCAUCAUAGUUUCUUAUGGCAUUAACUUCUUAAUUAUACAGGUGGCUCAUAAAGUUGACAAGAAAAACCCAAUAAUUAAAAACUAAAAAAGAAAAUACUUAAUCCCAUUUGAAAAAGAAGGUGGUCUUACAUUUUCUGUAAGAAUCAAUCGGCAGAGAAGUCCUCUUAACUUUUUAUGUGAUAUUGUACAGCAAACUUUGACUUGGGGGCCGCUAUGGACUAAAAAAAAAAUUAGUCGAGGGCUAGAAGCCAACUUAAAGAGUAUUUGAAAUUUCGAUUCCUACCUUGUUUACGUCCAUGACAACCUCCUUAAAGUUUUCGAAUCAUUUAGAAAUGUCAAGCAGCUAAAACGCGACAAAUAUGGUUAAGUGUGGAGAGUGUUUUUUUGCAUUCUUCCCAUCAUGGUUUGUAAUGGAUUUAAAUGGGUGUCAUUUAAAAAUUUUUAUGGUGCGUGGACAUUUUUAAAUAAUAUCCACAGGCAGCUUGUGUUAUGUGUGACCAUGUCUGUUGACUUUUGUUAGUUGUUUUUUUUGCGCCUUUACUAGGGAAGGUUGUUUGAAUUGUGCCAUACAAGUACAUUUCCAAAGCCGUGUUCACUUUCAAGCACAAUUCAUAAUCAUUGGCCUAAUUACCUCACAUUGUCCACAAAGUGAUAAAAGACAAAAUUCAUCAUAGUUUCUUAUGGCAUUAACUUCUUAAUUAUACAGGUGGCUCAUAAAGUUGACAAAAAAAACCCAAUAAUUAAAAACUAAAAAAGAAAAUACUUAAUCCCAUUUGAAAAAGAAGGUGGUCUUACAUUUUCUGUAGGAAUCAAUCGGCAGAGAAGUCCUUUUAACUUUUUAUGUGAUAUUGUACAGCAAACUUUGACUUGGGGGCCGCUAUGGACUAAAAAAAAAAUUAGUCGAGGGCUAGAAGCCAACUUAAAGAGUAUUUGAAAUUUCAAUUCCUACCUUGUUUACGUCCAUGACAACCUCCUUAAAGUUUUCGAAUCAUUUAGAAAUGUCAAGCAGCUAAAACGCGCCAAAUAUGGUUAAGUGUGGAGAGUGUUUUUUUGCAUUCUUCCCAUCAUGGUUUGUAAUGGAUUUAAAUGGGUGUCAUUUAAACAAUUUUUAUGGUGCGUGGACAUUUUUAAAUAAUAUCCACAGGCAGCUUGUGUUAUGUGUGACCAUGUCUGUUGACUUUUGUUAGUUGUUUUUUUUGCGCCUUGACUAGGGAAGGUUGUUUGAAUUGUGCCAUACAAGUACAUUUCCAAAGCCGUGUUCACUUUCAAGCACAAUUCAUAAUCAUUGGUUUAAUUACCUCACGUUGUCCACAAAGUGAUAAAAGACAAAAUUCAUCAUGGUUUCUUAUGGCAUUAACUUCUUAAUUAUACAGGUGGCUCAUAAAGUUGACAAGAAAAACCCAAUAAUUAAAAACUAAAAAAGAAAAUACUUAAUCCCAUUUGAAAAAGAAGGUGGUCUUACAUUUUCUGUAGGAAUCAAUCGGCAGCGAAGUCCUCUUAACUUUUUAUGUGAUAUUGUACAGCAAACUUUGACUUGGGGGCCGCUAUGGACUAAAAAAAAAAUGAGUCGAGGGCUAGAAGCCAACUUAAAGAGUAUUUGAAAUUUCAAUUCCUACCUUGUUUACGUCCAUGACAACCUCCUUAAAGUUUUCGAAUCAUUUAGAAAUGUCAAGCAGCUAAAACGUGCCAAAUAUGGUUAAGUGUGGAGAGUGUUUUUUUGCAUUCUUCCCAUCAUGGUUUGUAAUGGAUUUAAAUGGGUGUCAUUUAAACAAUUUUUAUGGUGCGUGGACAUUUUUAAAUAAUAUCCACAGGCAGCUUGUGUUAUGUGUGACCAUGUCUGUUGACUUUUGUUAGUUGUUUUUUUUGCGCCUUGACUAGGGAAGGUUGUUUGAAUUGUGUCAUACAAGUACAUUUCCAAAGCUGUGUUCACUUUCAAGCACAAUUCAUAAUCAUUGGCCUAAUUACCUCACAUUGUCCACAAAGUGAUAAAAGACAAAAUUCAUCAUAGUUUCUUAUGGCAUUAACUUCUUAAUUAUACAGGUGGCUCAUAAAGUUGACAAGAAAAACCCAAUAAUUAAAAACUAAAAAAGAAAAUACUUAAUCCCAUUUGAAAAAGAAGGUGGUCUUACAUUUUCUGUAGGAAUCAAUCGGCAGAGAAGUCCUCUUAACUUUUUAUGUGAUAUUGUACAGCAAACUUUGACUUGGGGGCCGCUAUGGACUAAAAAAAAAAAUUAGUCGAGGGCUAGAAGCCAACUUAAAGAGUAUUUGAAAUUUCGAUUCCUACCUUGUUUACGUCCAUGACAACCUCCUUAAAGUUUUCGAAUCAUUUAGAAAUGUCAAGCAGCUAAAAUGCGACAAAUAUUGUUAAGUGUGGAGAGUGUUUUUUCGCAUUCUUCAUGGUUUGUAAUGGAUUUAAAUGGGUGUCAUUUAAACAAUUUUUAUGGUGCGUGGACAUUUUUAAAUAAUAUCCACAGGCAGCUUGUGUUAUGUGUGACCAUGUCUGUUGACUUUUGUUAGUUGUUUUUUUUGCGCCUUGACUAGGGAAGGUUGUUUGAAUUGUGUCAUACAAGUACAUUUCCAAAGCUGUGUUCACUUUCAAGCACAAUUCAUAAUCAUUGGCCUAAUUACCUCACAUUGUCCACAAAAUGUUGACAAAGUUAAGAUUGUCAGAUAUUUCUAAAUAAUUUGAAAACACCCCACAUGCCAGAUUCCUUAUCAUGACAUCCAGGGGGCCAAAUUGAAGAUGUCGGCCGGCCGUAGUUUGGACACCCUUAGCCCUAUAUAAAUAUAAUCCAUUUUUAUUAUUAUAGUUUUGCACUUUUCGACCAACGUAGCCGUGCCUCGCUGUUAAAAGACGGUAAAGACAAGCACCCGCCGGUCUACAUACACCCCCGCCACCUUGUGGUGAGUUGGAAUACUGCACUCCUUGCCAUGUAACAAGAAUAAUGCACUUCUAUUUAAAGACCUUACACAGGCUGGUGCUUAGUAAAUAUUUCUUCACACAGGCACAUCCAACUCAGUUUAUGAAGGAGACAAGCAAGCCUUUGUAUUUGAUCGGAAAUGUACUCACUGAUUUUAUUUUUUUUAAGAGGAACUGUUACACGAUUGGAAUCAAACAAUCAAUGUUUAUUUAUAUAGCCCUAAAUCACGAGUGUCUCAAAGGGCUGCACAAGCCACAACCAUAUCCUCGGCUCAGAUCCCACAUUAGGGCAAGGAAAAACUUAGCCCAAUGCAAGCUUGUUUAUUAGACUUCAUGAGCCAAACUGCUUUGAGUUUUAUGCUGAUAUCAAAAAGUAAACUCCUUGUUUGUUUUUUUUACAUGACUUGUGUUUUUUUCAUGUCACCGUUAUUAUUUUAAAAAUAAUUCACGUGACACAGUAUUUUGUUAAAAUGUUAUUGUGUACAGUUAAUUCCUAUACAACAUAUUUCUGCUCAAACUCUUAAUGGACCUGGAUAGAUCUGUCUACAUGCACAUAUAAAUGUAGAUAGCUUAAAAAAUAAAGACAAUAAAUAACAGAACGACCUCAAUCAAAAUGUAAAAAUAGAGAUAAAGUUCAAGUUACCGUAUUUUUCGGAGUAUAAGUCGCUCUGGAGUAUAAGUCGCAACUGCCAAAAUGCAUAAUAUAGAAGGAAAAAAAAACAACAUAUAAGCCGCACUGGAGUAUAAGUCGCAUUUUUGGGGGAAAUUUAUUUGAUAAAACCCAACACCAAGAAUAGACAUUUGAAAGGCAAUUUAAAAGCGCCAGCGCCCCCCGCGACCCCAUAAAAGGGAAUAAGCGGUAGAAAAUGGAUGGAUGGAUAAAGAAUAGUGAAUAAGUGUACGUUAUAUGAGGCAUAAAUAACCAACUGAGAAGGUGCCUGGUAUGUUUACGUAAAAUAUUAUGGUAAGAGUCAUUCAAAUAACUAUAACAUAUAGAACAUGCUAUACGUUUACCAAACAAUAUGUCACUCUAAUUGAAAUAUUAUAUGUCUAGUCCAGUGGUUCUUAACCUUAUUGGAGGUACCGAACCCCACCAGUUUCAUAAGCACAUUCACCGAACGCUUCUUUAGUGAAAAAUAAAAUGUUAUUUUCAAAUUCAAGACAAAGUUAUAUGUUUUAGUAUGGAAACAUAUUCUAAGUAACAAAGACUUAAUUUAAAAGGGUUAGGGUUAAAAUAAGGCAUUAAUAAGUACUUAAUAAUGACUAGUUAAGAGCCAAUAUGUUACUAAUUUGCAUGUGGAUAAGCAAGUGAUUAAUGGUGAAUAUGUUCCCCAUACUUAAGUGUUACCAUGUUUUUUUACUGGUGUACAAAAUGAACCGUGCAUAAACAUCACCUUGUUCAAAGAACAAAACCAACACAGUGCAUAAACUCACAACAAAGUACACACCUGCAGAUCAGUGUGACUUCUGCUGUUGCCGUAUCAAAUACACUGAUAGGGAGAAGUUUUUAUUUACACGAUGAGUCGGGUGUGUUUUGACAUCAGCCGAACCCCUGAGGCCGACUCACUGAACCCCUAGGUUUCGAUCGAACCCAGGUUAAAAAUCACUGGUCUAGUCUCUUACGUGAAUGAGCUAAAUAAUAUUAUAAUGUUUUAAUCAUUUCACACAUAAGUCGCUCCUGAGUAUAAGUCGCACCCCCGGCCAAACUAUGAAAAAAACUGCGACUUAUAGUUAGAAAAAUAUGGUAAACUACCAAUGAUUGUCCCACACACACUAGGUGUGGCGAAAUUCUUCUCUGCAUUUCCAUCACCCUUGUUCACCCCCUGGGAGGUGAGGGGAGCACUGAGCAGCAGCAGUGGCCGCGGCCGGGAAUGAUUUUUUUGGUGAUUUAACCCCCAAUUCCAACCCUUGAUGCUGAAUGUCAAGCAGGGUCCCAUUUUUAUAGUCUUUGGUAUGACAAAAAUACAUUACGGUUAAACGGAGCAAUAGCAUUGUUGAUUUUUAGGUUAUCAAUCAAACAAAGCAUUUACAUCUUAGAUUAUUUCGGUAGGUAGUGAAGAAAAAGUGUUCUAUCAAAUGAGUUCAUUUUAUUUUGAAAAAGGGCAAUAAAGGCGCUGCAGGUGGAAAGCACUUUGAACACCCCUGGUUUAAGCAGACUAUCAUUUUACAUUCCCUGUUUUGAAUUAAAUUACCACUUUGCACUUAAAUAUGAUUUUAAAUAUAUAUUUUAUUUGUAUUGUUUGCAAACCUGCGUAUGGGUAUGACUGAAGGUAUUGAGUUUGUUGUACCAAGACUGUUUUUUUUUCAAAGCCAAAAUCUGCAUCUUUAUGAGCAUGGACACACGUUAAGACGACCAUUGACAGGAAAAUGCAGUUAGCACUUAGUAUUUAAACUUGUUUGGAGUCUUUAAAAUGGACUUUUCAUUGUGUCUAUGAGUGUCGUGGUUGAGUUAACGGGAUAGAAGUAGCAGGGACUUCCUACGUCAUGUCAGUACUAAUUAACAGAUUAACAUGGGGUUGCGUGUGUGUGAUGUACAGUCAAUGUGUCUUUAUUUUGUAGAGCCGAGCUUGCUUUUUUUUAAUAAUGUGGCCGUAUGUGUAUUAAAAAAAAAAAAAGUUCCUUCCGUCUUUUUGACAAUAAAUUAUUCUUUUACUGUUUAAAGUCA